UAAAUUGAAACAAUAUAAAGUUUUGUCCUCCAAAGUCUUACUUUCUUCCUAUUAUCUUAUUCUAUUUUGAUUGAAAAAAAGAUGCCUUACGGACAACUUGAAGUUUAUGUUGCAUAUGCUAGAGGCCUUGAAAACCAAAAUUGGCUCACUGAUAUGAGUCCUUAUGUCAUUAUCACCUGCUAUACUGAAGAGAAAAAAUCCAGUGUUGCAUCAGGUGAAGGAGAGAACCCUGAGUGGAAUGAAUCCUUCUUAUUCACCAUUUCCCGUGGUUGUGACGAGGUUCACAUAAAGCUUAUGAAUGAAAAUACUUUUCAAGAUGAUGAUUUCAUAGGAGAAACAACACUUUCAUUAGAGGAAGUGUUCCGUGAAGGAGAAGUGGAAACAAGCAUGUAUGAUCUUUGCAAGGACGAUGAAAACUGUGGAUCGAUCAAACUCGGCCUCACUUUCACUCGCGAGAAGAAUGCUGAAGAUGACGAGGAUUACUAGUUCAAGCUGUCCAGCCCAUGAAUUUGGGUUUAUAGAAGGGUCAUUGAGUUACCUUACAAAUAAGAAAUAGUCCUAGGAAUAAAUUAUGAAAUGAUACUGAAUUGUUUCGUUCAAUCAUCACUUUUAAAUUUUCCUACGAAUAACAUACGCAUUAGUUAUGCAGUAAUUUUUUUGUAUUAGUUCAAUAUGAAUUUACUGUAAAAUUGUGAUACACAUGUUGGACACCAUACGAUUUGUUGUAUCACCAACUGUUAGUUAGUUGAAGGUUCCUUAUAAUGUUAUCUCUCCUAAGCAUUUAUUGCAAAUACUUGUAAUGUAUAUUUUAUAAUUAGUAAAUUUGUCUACGUUUCA